GCAGAGUGGCACGGUCACAUUCUAGAAGACCAUGUAGGAUGGAAGAUAUUGUUGUGGACAUCUUUGGCAAAUACAGUCUGCUACUUUGAAAAACUAGCUACACUCAUUCAAAUAAACAGCAAGAGCUUCUGAAGGAAGACCCAAAGCUUCUUCCGCCACGUGGUGCUGGACCUCAGAUCUCUACUUCCUGUGUCCUCCGGAAGUUGUUGGGAAUGAUGUUCAGCUUGCACAUGUUGGUAAUGGGAACAACCGCCUUCACCAUUCAACCCGAGGUGCACACGGUGGCCGCGGGAAACUGCCGAUUUCGCGGCAAGCAUUACAAACGGGAACUCAGGCUGGAAGGGGAGCCGGUGGUCCUGAGGUGUCCCCAGAUGCCAUAUUGGUUGUGGGCUUCUGCCAGUCCCCAUGUCAACCUGACGUGGCGUAGAAAUGACUCUGGUAGGCUGGUCCCAGGAGAAGAGACACGAAUGUGGGCCCGGGAUGGUACUCUGGGGAUUCUGCCCGUCUUGCAGGAGGACGCUGGCACCUACAUCUGCACUGUCAGAAAUGCCUCUUACUGUGACGAAAUGUCCAUUGAGCUCAGGGUUUUUGAGAAUACAGAAGCUUCUCUGGCGUUCAUCUCAUACCCGCAAUUUUUAACUUUGUCAACCUCUGGGGUAUUAGUGUGCCCUGACCUGAGUGAAUUCACCCGUAACAAAACUGACGUGAAGAUUCAAUGGUACAAGGAUUCUGUCCUUUUGGAUGAACACAAUGAGAAAUUUCUAAGUGUGAGCGGCACCACACGCUUGCUCGUCUACAACGCGUCGGUAGAGGAUGCGGGCUAUUACGUCUGUGUCAUGGCGUUUGCCCACGGAGGCCGGUGGUACAAUAUCACUAGGAGUAUCGACCUACGCAUCAAGAAAAAAACAGAGGAGACGACCAUUCCUGUGAUUGUUUCCCCCCUUGAGACCAUAUCAGCUUCUCUGGGGUCAAGACUGAUCAUCCCAUGUAAGGUGUUUCUGGGAGCCGGCACACCCUUAACCACCCAGCUGUGGUGGACGGCCAACGACACCCACAUAGAGAGCAUCUACGAGGGAGGCCGAGUGACUGAAGGACAGCGCCAGGAAUAUUCAGAAAAUAAGGAGAACUACAUUGAAGUGCCAUUGAUUUUUGAUCCAGUCAUAAGAGAGGAUUUGAACACAGAUUUCAAAUGCGUUGUCCAUAAUAAGCUGAGUUUCCAGACACUACGCACUACAGUCAAAGAAGCCUCCUCCAUGUUCUCCUGGAAGGUGGUGCUGGCUCCCUUUUUGCUGGUCUUCUUGGUUUUGGGGGGAAUAUGGAUGCACAGACGGUGUAAACACAGAAUCGGAAAAGCUACAGUCUGACCAGGGUGAAGACCUGCCAUCAAGACUUUCAAUCCUAUCCCAAGUAAAAUAAACAGAAUGAAAUAAUUCAAAGACAAA